AUGACUGGACCUCAUGGAGGAAUUAUCGGUGCCAAACCAGAAGCGAUUAUUAGACGAGUUAAAAGAGGAUUACCAGCAAAAAUGGAACCUCAUGAGGACCGGGGGCAAUUUAACGGAGUUGUUUUUGAAUUUGACGAUAUUAGCAACCGAUUUUCGAAACUGUCCCCUUCAACCACUUGGUAUAUGUCAGAAACUAUUAAAUUAAAAAUAGGAGACAAAUUUAACCGAACUAAUAAUUGUAAAAUAAUAAUAAAACUUACUAUUAGAAUUAUGGUUAGAAAAAAAUUAUUCCCUAUUCACCCCGGAGAAAUAUUAAGAGAAGAAUUAUUAAUUCCUUUAAAUAUUAGUCCCGAGGAAUUGGCCCAAGCAAUAAAAGUUCCCAAAGAGCAAGUUAAAUGA